AUGAAAUCAAAUAAUAAUAUUUAUAUUAUUGUUUUAGUUAUAGUAUUGUUUAUUAUAACAAACGAUGCUUUACAAUUAGAGAAAAAAAAAACAUACAAAAUAGGAGAUCCUCUGCCGAUCUAUGUGAACAAGUUGAUUUCGCAAGACAAAAUCUUCUCUUAUUCAUACUAUGAUUUACCAUUUUGUAAACCUGAAAACGGUAGUUUAUCGUCUCAUGAAACUAUCGGUCAAGUUUUAAAUGGUGAAAGAAAACAACUCACUCCUUAUAAUGUAACAUUUUUGCAACCAACAUCAGGUUAUCAAGAGAUCAAUAAAUACUCUGGUUGUGAUAUCUUUAGUUAUCGAGAUACCAACGAUAAGCUGUCAGAGUUUAUCAAAGAGAGAUACUAUAUGGAGAUGGAAAUCGAUGAUCUUGUUGCCUACACUUGGAGUGGAGUUGCAAACUACAAUGCAAUCAAUAUCGGAAAUUACUGGUUCGAUCGAGCAAAUAAUCAGGAAAUAUUGACAAUCAACAACUAUUUAUAUUUCACAAUUCAGUAUAACAAGGUUAGCGAAGAUGAGUAUACAAUCGUUGGACUCCGUGUUUUACCACAGAGCAGACAAUUCAACUUGCAAAACUAUCUUGAUAACGGUAUUAUCAGCUCUAAUGGCAGCAACCAAUAUCUAGAUAGUGACAAAGAGUUUCUGUUGUACACCUACGCGGUCGCCUUUGAGGAGAGCAAUGUCACAUGGGAACAUCGAUGGGAUCAGCUGAUUGACCAUGAACAUACCAGUGUGUUAGUUGGUGCUAGUACAAUCAAGAUUAUUUUGUUUAUCUAUAUCUUUAUCUAG